UAAUAACAAAAAUAUUUAAGCUAAAAACACGCACACAAAAAUCAUUUUUAAAUUUACACAUUUACACAUAUUUUUAAACAAAAUGAGUCGUUAUGCUGUUAAUCGCGAAGCAAAGAAGUCGUUGGGCUGGAGCAGCAUGCGCGUGGACAAGGAUGCGCAGGAUUUGAUACGCGGUGUGCUUGACAAGUUGAGCCUGGAGGAGCAAGUGGAGGUGCGACGCAACAGCGAAGAGCUGCGCGAGACUUUGGUGAGUCUGUGGCGCGAGAAUUGCAAGCACUUGGAUUUGCAGGCGCUGCAGUCGCAGCUGCUGGAUCAGUCGCUUAAGCAGUUUAUGCGCCGCAUGCGGCGACAUUUUCGCAGCGUCAGUUUGCAAGGCGCGCAGCUGCAGGAGCAGCUCAAUUUGCUGGAUCGCUGUGGCAUUAAGGAGCUGCCGAAUGUGCGACAAUGUUGCAUUGCCUGGAGCAGCAGCAAUCGAGCGCUGAGCAAUGUUACGCAAUGGCCGCUGCAUGCGCUGCCCAAGCUGCUGAGCCGACUGCGCAGUCUGGAGCUGGAGCUGCCGCUGCAAGUGAAGUUUGUAGAGCAAUUCACUGAGCUCAAGCAUCUGACGCUGCAUGCGAGUGUGAAUGAGCAUAUACUUGGCUCUAUAUUCACUGGUUGCAAGUGCUUGACACGCUUGAAACUGCUGGGCGAGCAGUAUGAGAGCAUUGCAGGCAUUGCAGACUGCAAGCAGCUGCGUCAGCUAACGCUGCCUGUGGCAAGUUUCAAUGCGAGCAGCGCAUUUGAAAUACUCGAGCUGCCGCAGUUGCAAGCUUUGGAGCUGCUGCUGACCAAAGCUGAUGCUGAGGCUAUAAUGGCGGCUGCUACGCUGGUGUUGCAGCAACGCGCGCAGCAACUUGAGUACUUGCAACUGAAUGCGCAGCGCAUGCAGCAGGCAGCAGAUUGGCUGCCACAGCUGCAGCUGCGGCGCUGCAAGCAGCUUGAAACGCUUGCGCUGCUCAAUUGCCAAUUCGCUGCUGCCAAUCUGCAUGAGCUGUACUUGCCACACUACUGCAGCUCGGCCAUGUUCAGUCACUGCCAGGAUAUGCAGGACGAACAGCUGCUGGACUUUGUGCGCAGCAGCGCGCAGCUUACGCAGCUGCAUCUAAUCAACUGCAGUCAACUCACAGGUCAACUGCUCUACGAUCUUUACAAGCUGCGCGCCAGCAAACUCUGCGAGCUGUCGCCGCUUUGCUUGCAUCUACGCGAUUGUCCCAACAUUGAGGCAGAGUUCCAGCUUAAUUUCUUGACGCAGUCGGUGGUGCAAUUGUCGGCGGCGCCACUGGAGCAGGAUCAGUCGACGCAGCAGCAGCAGCACAUGCAGUUCUGCUUCUUCACACAGCCAAGCGUAGCUGCCAAGUCACAGACCAAGUUAUAGUUAUAAAUGCUUUUAGCUUUGCACUGUCAUGUAAA